CCAUGGCAGUUCUAAGCGCAAUCUCAACUCUAACCUCAACAGGCAAAGCCGUGAUCUGGUGCCUCCAACUUCCUGAUCCAGAACUCAAUCCUCACUCAACCCAAAUAAUGUCAAACUCAUCAAGAACCCCACGUCAAAUGGCAAACGCACAUAUCCCCACGGCGCUUUCCCCUGCCCUGUUGGGGUAAUCCGGUCCGCUAUGGGCACAACGAACAUCAUCGUCGUUAUGAGAAAGAUCACGCGCAAAAGAUGCUUUUUCGAAAUAUCUAUAACUCAAGAGGCACUGUCGAUGUUUCUCAGCUGCACUCAUCACCUACUCGUCUUGUAAGAGCAUCACAGAGUCACAGAUCCAGUCCGAGAUGGCACCCAGCGCAAUCACCCCAGAGACACAGGAAGAACCUGUAGCUCUUUCCAACGUCAUCAAGUUGAUCAAGAACGAUGAUGCAGAGACAAUUGAUCUUGCCCUGCGACAGUUUCGCUGCUUGAUCGCUGAUCUUUGCGAGCAGUUCAAGGGUGGCCACCCUGGAGGUGCCAUGGGUAUGGCAGCCAUUGGCCUCGCUCUCUGGAAGUAUGUGAUGCAGUACUCUCCCAACGACCCUGACUACUUCAACCGCGAUCGCUUCGUCCUCUCCAACGGCCACACAUGCCUCUUCCAGUACACGUUCCUUCAUCUCACGGGUUACAAGGCCAUGACCUUCGAACACCUCAAGUCCUACCACUCAUCCAACUACGACUCAUUGGCGCCCGGUCAUCCUGAGAUUGAGCAUGAGGGUAUCGAAGUGACGACCGGUCCUCUUGGCCAAGGUAUUGCCAAUGCUGUCGGCCUCGCCAUGGCGACCAAGAACCUUGCGGCAACUUACAACAAGCCCAAAUACGAGCUCGUCAACAAUAUGACGUACUGCAUGAUCGGCGAUGCUUGUCUACAGGAGGGUGUCGCCCUUGAGGCUAUUCAACUGGCUGGCCAUUGGAAGCUCAACAACCUCGUUGUCAUGUAUGACAACAACCAGAUUACCUGCGACGGUAGUGUCGACCUCUGCAACACCGAGGACGUCAACGCUAAGAUGCGCGCCUGUGGUUGGGAGGUUAUUGAGGUCGAGGACGGCUGUUUCGAUGUCGAGGGUAUCGUCAAGGCCCUCCUCAAAGCCAAGGCCAGCAUCGACAAGCCCACUUUCAUCAACAUUCACACUAUCAUUGGAGUCGGUAGCAAGGUUGCAGGUGAUGCGAAAGCCCACGGUGCCGCUUUCAGCCCUGAUGGUGUCAAGGCCGUCAAGGAGCGUUUCGGCAUGGACCCUGAGAAGCAUUACGUCGUCUCUGAUGAGGUUUACAGCUUCUUCCGCGACCGCAAGACUCGUGGUGACCGCCUCGUCGAGGAUUGGAAGAGUCUUGUUGAUGCCUACAGCAAGGAGUACCCUGAUCUUCAUGGGGAGUUCAUGAAGCGUGUCGAGGGCCGCUUUACUGAUGACUGGCGAAGCAUCAUUCCUGCCAAAGAGUCAUUCCCUACUGCUCCUACACCUUCCCGAAAGUCUGCCGGUAUCAUCUGUAACCCUCUGGCUGCAAAACUCAAGAACUUCAUGGUCGGUACAGCUGAUCUGUCACCCUCUGUCAACAUGAUCUGGAAGGACAAGGUUGACUUCCAGCAUCCCGACCUCAAGACCACCUGCGGCAUCAAUGGCAACUACUCUGGUCGGUACAUUCAUUGGGGUAUCCGCGAACAUGCGAUGGCUUCCAUCUCCAACGGUCUUGCCGCUUAUGGUAAGGGCACGAUCCUCCCUGUCACCUCCAGCUUCUUCAUGUUCUACAUCUACGCCGCUCCCGGUGUCCGCAUGGGCGCUCUUCAGAACCUCCAAGCCAUCCACAUUGCCACUCACGACUCGAUCGGUACUGGCGAAGACGGCCCAACCCACCAACCAAUUGCUCUCCCUGCUCUGUACCGCUCCAUGCCCAACCUCCUUUACAUCCGACCUUGCGAUACCGAAGAGACGGCCGGUGCCUUCAUUACCGCCCUCGAGGCCAAGGACACCCCAUCUAUCAUCUCCCUCUCCCGUCAGAACCUCGAGCAGUACCCUGAGUACUCCAGCCGCGAAGGUGUUCAGAAGGGUGCUUAUGUCUUCAUCGAGGAGGAGGAUGCCGACGUUACUCUCAUCGGCGUCGGUGCCGAAAUGGUCUUCGCCGUCAAGACCCGCCAGGUCCUCAAGGAGAAGUUCAGCAUCAAGGCACGCGUGGUCUCGUUCCCUUGCCAGCGUCUCUUCAACUCCCAACCCCUCGAGUACAAACGCCAAGUCCUUCAAUACCGCUCCAACGCCCCUCGUGUUGUGAUUGAGGCCUACGCCGUCAACGGCUGGGAGCGAUACGCCGAUGCUGGCUACUCAAUGACCACUUUCGGCAAAUCACUACCUGGUAAGGACGCCUACAAAUACUUCGGCUUUGAUGAGAACGUCAUUGCCCCUGAGGUGGCCAAGCUUGUCGACGAGGUCAAGGCGGAAGGAAUCGAGAGCCUACGCGGCGAAUUCAGGGAUCUCAACAACGUGACACACGAGCACUAAUGAUUUAGUUCAAAAUGGGUAAAGGUUUAUGGCAUGCGACUUGGAGUUAAUUUAGUUUGUUGACGAUACGAUGGUGGUCUUUUUGCAUAAUAAAGCAACUUUGUUC